AUGAACUAUCAAGCACCACCCAUUCCGUCCAGGCCUACUACGAACAACAUUCAAAUUAGUAAUGUAAGAGAAGGUGAAACUGUUCAUCAGCGAUUUCUCCUCGUCAAUGGUCGUGCUGGACCUCGCAACGGCUCCUUUGAUAAGCCAAUUUACGUUGUAUGCAACGACUUUCCUCAGACAGAAUGGCCCUGCGUUAAUUCGUACUUCAAAGCGAUGGUACACCUUGUUCCUGGACCGAAUACGAUUACGUUCGUCUUUCCUCAAGACAAUGAAUCACUUCAUUUCCACGUCAACUACCUGCCCCUAUUGCAGAAUCCACCAUUAUCACUGGUUAUCUUUAUUGGCUCUGAUUCCGAUGCGACAUUUGAUGUGCCUCCAGAGAAAAAGGACCAGAAUACGUUGGAUAUCGCCGUCGAGAAGCUUCGAACAGCAGGAUACAUGUGGCAAGCCUUUUGCGCCGAGCAAUUGCAUCGUAACGGCAUGGGCAGACGGACAUUUCGCCUCGAAGAAGCCUGGUUGCCCGAUACAGUCAGUUGUCAAGAUAAAGGUGUGAUGAGAAACACUGCCAAAGUGCAUGUCAUUCGCUCGAAAUACACUGUUGCUCAGAUUCGUGAUGUCCGUCGUGCCCAACAAAGCGAUGACGAAGAUGAAAAUGUCGAAAGCUUAUUCGGAUUAUUUUUAGAUGAUUUGCGUGAAAACCCUGCAUUUGACAUGCCUUGUCAGGUGGCAGGACUUAUUUUGGACGCACACUGGGAUGUGAAUAAGCAGUUGACUGUAGGACAUGCUGCGCUAGGUGGUGGAGCUGGACAUACAAAAUUGGGCAUCUUUGGCUCUCAUCUGUUGCAUGCAUGGCCAACUUGUAUUGAAGACAUUGUCCCUGCCUUCAUGAACAACACAAAGACGGAUACUCGCUAUGUGGCAAAUGAUGCGAAUGAAAGUGAUAACUGGUGGAGAGCCUGUAACAUUGGCAUGGGUGCCAUGAUGCAUGAAGUUGGACAUUCAUACACGUUGAGCCACACACCAACAGGCGUGAUGAGUCGAGGCUACAAUAAUUGGAACCGUACAUUUGUCGCCAAAGAACCUGGAUAUGGACCUAUUCCUCCUGAAGAAGAAGCUGGAUCGCAUUGGCAUAGACUUGAUAUCAUGCGUCUACGUUUCCAUCCAGCAUUUAGACUUCCUCAAGAUGGCGUCAUUGGCACCAAAAAUCCCUCUCAACCUAGCUUCGUUGCACUUGAAGGCGGUCAAUUCCAAGUGAUUGCGCCUGCCGGCCUCUCGUUACUCGAGAUCAAUGUUGGUGGUCAUUAUCGUACACAUUUUGAGUUCUUGCAAGAUCAGCCUCGCAUGGUGACACUCCAUCAAAAGGACAUUUGUGACAGAUGUAAAUGCAAUCCCGAUGAAAAGAUUUCACUGCAUGCUAUUUGUGUCAACCAAGAAGACAAGGGCAUUGACAGCUUGAAUUCCUUUUUGAACUCGCAUGGCGGCGUCCGUUUACCCGGCCUGGAUGGACUCGUACUCAAGAGUGACAUCUUUGGUAACGGAUCCGACCAAGGUAUGAUCAAGUCUACAGCUGUCUUUUACCAGAACAGCCGACCCAAGCAACUGACAUGCAUCUUGGUAAACCAUGGUGCCUUUUUGGACGGCUUCACGUUGGUGUAUGAGGACGGAAGUCGAGAUCAAAUUGGAAAGACCGGCGGUGGUCGUAGUCAGUUUGAUGUGAGUAGAGGGGAACGCAUCCAAGGCUUGAUUGUUCGCAGUGGCGCGUGGAUUGACGGCGUGCAAUUCAAACUAUCUAGUGGCAGAUUGAGUCCUUGGUUUGGAGGCAAUGGAGGCGGUUUAAAUGAAAUUAAUGCACCACAAGGAUACGAAAUGGUUGGCAUAUUUGGCUCAGCUAAAAGUUGGAUGGAGCAGAUUGGCAUAUUUUAUCGUCGUGGUUAA